GCAGAGGCAUAGAUUGAAGGAUCCAACGAAGCGUUCCACCGCCGCCUCGCAGGAAAAUGACAUCAAUAAUUAUUCUUUGUCGAUUGCUUGCUUGGAUUCAACGGGCAUCCAUCCUGCGCUGGCGGUCAGAGCAUCUUCCACCACUAUAAAAUGCGGUGGCGAUAUGGAGCUCUGUGGGUGCUGCGGCGGACGAGAUGGAGCGGAAGCUGGUGUUCGCCGUCAACGGGGAGCGCUUCGAGCUCGCCAAGGUCGAUCCUUCCAUCACCUUGCUCGAGUUCUUGAGGACCCGGACCCGGUUCACGGGUCCCAAGCUCGGAUGCGGCGAAGGUGGAUGUGGAGCUUGUGUUGUUCUUCUUUCAACAUACGACCCAGUUAGCGAUCAACUGAAAGAAUUUAGUGUUAGCUCGUGCUUGACGCUUCUUUGCAGUAUAAAUUUCUGUUCUGUUAUAACCUCUGAGGGGCUUGGAAAUACAAAGGAUGGCUUCCAUCCGAUUCACCAAAGGUUUGCAGGAUUUCAUGCGUCACAGUGCGGGUUUUGCACACCUGGUAUGUGCAUGUCACUUUUUUCUGCCCUCGUUAAUGCGGACAAGACCAGCAGGUCCGAGCCUCCUUGUGGGUUUUCAAAGAUCACAAAGUUUGAGGCUGAAAAGGCUAUUGCCGGCAAUCUUUGUAGAUGCACCGGCUAUCGGCCCAUUGCAGAUGUCUGCAAGAGCUUCGCUGCUGAUGUUGAUUUGGAGGAUUUGGGUCUGAAUACAUUCUGGAAAAAAGGGGCAAAAGAUGCAAAUGUUGGUAGGUUACCCUGUCACGACCAAGGCAAAAUCUGCACAUUUCCUGAGUUCUUGAAAUCUGAAAUCAAGUCCUCAGUGGAUAUCUUGGACAAUUCCAAGAAUGCAGGCUUGCCAGAGAGUCAGUGGUAUCGACCGUCCAGCAUUAGAGAGCUCUAUGAGCUUUUGAAUUCUGACUCAUUCAGCAAAAGUCGCGUGAAACUAGUUGUUGGUAAUACAGGAUCUGGUGUCUACAAGGAAAACGACCUGUAUGAUAAGUAUAUUGAUCUCAAAGGGAUUCCAGAACUAUCAGUAAUCAGAAGGGAUAGUGAAGGUAUCUCAUUUGGGGCUGCUGUGACGAUAUCUAGAGCCAUUGAAGUGCUGAAGGAAAGAAAAGAAAGUGAGCUGCACUCAAAUAAAAGAUUGGUCUUCAGCAAGAUUGCUGAUCAUAUGGAUAAGGUGGCUUCACCAUUCAUUAGAAAUAUGGCAAGCCUAGGAGGAAAUCUAAUUAUGGCACAAAGAAGCCAAUUUGCCUCAGAUGUUGCUACUAUACUUCUUGCUGCUGGAUCAACUGUUUGCCUUCAGAUGGCUUCAGAAAGGCUAGUUCUUUCAUUGGAGAGUUUUUUAGAAAGGCCUCCAUGUGAUGACAGAACUGUACUUGUAAGCAUACAUAUUCCUUCUUGGAGUUCAGCAAUUGAGUCAUCUUCUGGAAUUGAUGGAUGCAUUGUUUCAGAACCUACGAGGGAAGCCAAUAUACUAUUUGGAACAUACCGAGCAGCCCCACGACCUCUUGGAAAUGCUGUUGCUUAUCUGAACUCUGCUUUCUUGGUUCAUGUUACUUUGGAUAAGAUCUCCAGGGAUCUUAUUAUACUUAAUCUACACUUGGCCUUUGGUGCUUAUGGCACUGAACAUGCAAUCAGAGCAAGGAAAGUUGAGAAAUUUUUGGUGGGUAAAGUUAUGACUGCCUCUGUUUUACUUGAAGCCAUUAAAUUACUUCAAGAAACCAUUAUACCAAAGAAAGGCACUCCUCAUUCAAGAUAUAGAUCAAGUUUGGCAGUUGCCUUUCUAUUUAAGUUUUUUCAACCACUAGUUAAGGACUUGGUUGUGCCUGAGAAGAAUGGUCCUGUGGAUUCUUCUGGUGUUGCUGCAAUCACUGAGUACCCAAAUAGUGAUAUUAAUGAAUGUGCUGAUAUUUCAUCUCAUAGGGUAUCACACUCGGAACAACUUAAUAAUCCUAAUGUCAUCUUAUCUUCGAAGCAGUUGGUUGAAUUUAGUAACGAUUAUCAUCCUGUUGGUGAGCCUAUAAAAAAAGCUGGAGUUGAAAUUCAAGCCUCUGGUGAAGCUAUUUAUGUGGAUGAUAUUCCUUCUCCCAAGGACUGCCUUUUUGGAGCAUUUGUAUACAGCACAACUCCUUUGGCUUGGAUAAAAGGCAUUACGUUCAACUCUACACUGGCAUCGCAGAAGGUUGUUGCAUAUAUUAGCAUCAAUGAUAUUCCAAAAGAAGGGAAAAAUAUCGGUGGUAGUACUAAUUUUGGAACUGAACCAUUGUUUGCUGACUCACUGACUGUUUGUGCUGGUCAGCCUCUUGGCAUUGUGGUUGCAGAAACACAGAGACAUGCUAACAUGGCUGCUAGACAAGCAAAUGUACAAUAUUCCACUGAAAACUUAGAACCUCCCAUUCUAUCUAUUGAAGAAGCUGUUAGAAGAUCGAGUUUUUUUGAUGUCCCUCCAGUAUUUUAUCCUCAAAAGGUUGGAGAUCUGUCCAAAGGAAUGGCGGAAGCUGAGCACAAGAUUCUCUCUGCUGAGGUUAAACUUGGUUCUCAGUACUAUUUUUACAUGGAAACACAGACAGCCCUUGCCAUACCAGACGAAGAUAAUUGCAUUGUGGUCUACAGUUCAAGUCAGUGUCCUGAGACUGCACAAGGUGUCAUUGCAAAAUGCCUUGGAAUACCAGAUCAUAAUGUUCGUGUGAUUACAAGAAGAGUCGGAGGAGCUUUUGGUGGGAAAGCUGUAAGAGCAAUACCUGUUGCAACGGCAUGUGCUCUUGCAGCGUUUAAGUUGCGCCGUCCUGUUAGGAUGUACCUUGAUCGCAAAACUGAUAUGAUAAUGACAGGAGGGCGUCAUCCAAUGAAAAUAAACUACUCAGUUGGCUUCAGGUCUGAUGGGAAAAUCACAGCCUUGCACGUGGAUAUAUUUAUCAAUGCGGGCAUAACAGAAGAUAUUAGUCCAAUUAUGCCACAUAUCAUUAUAGGAGCACUAAAAUCAUACAACUGGGGUGCAUUCUCUUUUGAUGCUAAAAUCUGCAAGACGAAUCUUCCAACUAAAUCAUCCAUGCGGGCUCCAGGAGACGUUCAGGGAUCUUUUAUUGCUGAAGCUGUUAUAGAACAUGUAUCAUCAUUCCUCUCCAUGGAUGCCACUUCCGUUAGAAAGAAAAAUCUCCACACCCAUGAUAGUCUUGUAUUGUUUUAUGAAGGCAGCGCUGGAGAUGCUCCUGAAUAUACUCUACCUGCUAUAGUUGAUGAGGUGGCUUCAUCUGCUCGCUACCUUGACCGUCUUGAAAUAAUCAGGAAUUUCAAUAGUUGCAAUAAAUGGAGAAAACGAGGAAUUUCCUUGAUGCCUUUAGUGUACAGAGUUGCAUUAAGGCCAACACCAGGGAAAGUAUCUAUUCUAAGUGAUGGCUCAAUCGUUGUUGAAGUUGGAGGAGUUGAGAUAGGUCAGGGGCUCUGGACAAAGGUGAAACAAAUGACAGCAUAUGCCCUUGGACAACUAUCGGUUGAUGGAACCAAAGACCUUUUGGAUAAGGUGCGGGUCAUUCAAGCAGAUACACUGAGUAUGGUUCAGGGAGGCUGGACUGCUGGAAGCACCACGUCUGAAUCAAGUUGUGAGGCAGUUCGUCUAUCAUGCAAUAUUCUAGUCAGCAGACUGAAAACUCUUAAGCAAAGUUUAGAAGAAAAAAUGGGUACAGUCUCAUGGGAUACCCUUAUCUCCCAGGCAAAUAUGCAAGCAGUUAAUUUGUCAGCAAGUACUUACUGGGUUCCUGACAGUAGUUCUAUGAUGUAUCUAAAUUAUGGAUCUGCCUUAAGUGAGGUAGAGGUUGAUAUUCUUACUGGAGGUACUACUAUAUUGAGGACUGAUCUUAUAUACGACUGUGGGCAGAGCUUGAAUCCUGCUGUGGACUUGGGACAGAUUGAAGGUUCCUUUGUUCAAGGAAUCGGUUUCUUCAUGUAUGAGGAGCACGUGGAAAACUCAGAUGGCUUGGUGGUCUCAGAUGGUACUUGGACAUACAAAAUCCCUACUAUUGAUAACAUCCCAAAGCAGUUCAACAUUAAGUUAAUGAAAAGUGGGCAUCACGAGAAGCGUGUUCUCUCUUCGAAAGCAUCUGGGGAACCACCUUUGCUUCUAGCAGCUUCAGUCCAUUGUGCAACAAGGGAAGCAAUUAGGGCUGCUCGUGUCGAAUUCUCUUCUACCAAUGACCCAAAUAGCUCUCCGACAACGUUCCAAUUCGAUGUUCCUGCAACCAUGCCAGUGGUGAAGGAGCUCUGUGGCCUAAACAAUGUGGAGAAGUACUUGGAAGCUUUUGUGUCUACGCAUAAAAAAAUGGAAGCCAAUCAUGUUUUGGGCACCGUGUGAAGAUAAUUCGGCAGACACGAAAGAGGGAUGAAGGAGCUUUUCUUUUCAGUACCGAUAAAACUAAAAUGAUUUCAUCUAAAUCGUAACUUUCGAUUCGAUAAACUGAUCGGAUAAUCUACAAGGAAAGUGAUGAGUUUUGCCUGGGCUGUGCCUUGCCUUGUGAUAUUGACAAUUAGCAAAUCUCGUGCGACUUCUUUUUUUUCUUUAACUCUGAUAUACAUCGAACAAGAUGUGUUCCUUAUCACACACUUUUGUUUCAACAAAUUUCCUGUGCAUUUGUUGCUC